UGUCACAGAGGGGACCUAGACAGUUGAUUCAUCCUGGUGGAUGCCCUGCCUCCUCCCCAAGGUUUACCCGAAUGGUCUAUCCAUCUUGCCAACCCCUCUGCCAUCUAAAGGUCAACAACUUGCCUAUCUCUCCACCCUGCCCGGCCCAACAUACCAGGAAGAGCAAGAUAGCAACUAGACAAUGAGAAACUGCCAGAGGAGCUUCAGCCCCUGCCCUGCCUGCAGACCUGCCGUCUCUGCAAAAUACCUCAUCUGUGGAUGCUACAAGCUCCUCCUCAAGGAAUCUCAAGUCCUAGCUGUCCUAGAGGCUGACCAAGAAGUCAUUUCUCCAUCUCAGUCCUCAAUAGCUCCUGCAGACCCAAGUAGUGGAGGGGACCCCGAACACUCUCCUCUCACAGAGUCCUUAAUCCUUUAUCCCUCCCCUCCCUACAAGGCAGCCAAAGAUUCUAGAGCCCAGGUGAGCCCCAGUUCCAGGCUCUCCACUGUGCCCACCCAGCCCAGCCCUCCAGAAAGCCCCCAAAUUCCAGCCCCCACAAAAUCCAACUUUGAUAUUGCCCAGACAGCCCAGCCUCUUGAUCCUUCCCCAGAUUCUAGUUCUCCAGAGAACCCCAGAUCCCAGCCUCCCAAGGUCCUGCUAGUAGAGCACACUCACCUCCAGUCACUGGAAGAACUGGGAGGCCUGAAUUCUGUCACCCACAAGCAACCAGCAAGAGCCCCAGGCCAGGAGCCAGCCCCCAGAGUGGCUGAUCUGAAGUGCUUUGACAGUUAAGGAUCAAGGGUCAGGAGGAGACUCCUGUCCUUCAAU